GUCUGUCUGCAUCUGUUGCAUCUUCUUUUACUGUUGAUGGUAAACCAGGUGUUUCUGUUGACACUGGUGGGCUUUGUUAUCAUUUUCCGUUUAAUACUUCACACAUACUAAAACAUUUACACAAGGGUGGUUCUCUUUUGUUGGUGUUUUCCCUGUUUACCCAUCCAGAUGGGUUUAGCUCAGAUCUGUUUAGUAAACAAUACAUGUAAAUGUCAUAAAUAGACAGCGAGACAUCUCUGUUGAAGCUGUAUACUCUAGACAUGUCUAGACAAAAAGCAGCAUAUUAGCUUAUUUUUUCUUCAUCCCACUUUCAUUAAAACUGAGAAGUGUUACACUGUUUUACAGGUUUGGUUUACAUUCCCAACCGGUUCUUCCUGAUUUACCUCAUUUUUAUUAGUUUUAAUGAAUCCUGGCUCUCUUUCUUUGCUCUGCUACAAGAGGUAGAAACUUGAGAUAGUGUAAUGGAGAGAAAAGGAGGAGACUUGGUGAGAUAGAGAUCAGUUAUUCAUGUGGGACAGAGGGCUGAAGGGACGUGGAGUUUAUUAUGAGAUGCGUGCCAAGGAGAACAACAUGAUGGUUGCAGCGUGUUCAGGGGAGAAGAGGCGAAGAAAGGGCUAUAGUGACUAUCAACCCCAGUCGAAGCCUGACAGUGAGGAUGAAGACAAUACUCCCAUGACCUCCUUUGGUGUUGCCGUCCGAGGCCUCCCUCUGGCCUUGGCGUCCAUGACACAAGCUACCGCCUCAGACUCGCGCUUCCACCCUAAAUGGCGGGCGAUCACUGUGGCGACCCUGCUGGCUUUAGUGCUUAUGCUGUACUUGCACCGGACAGUAGGGAACAGAGACACAGCUACCAGAGGUUACCAUCGCAACAGGGUUCACAGUUUGCAAAUGCACAGUGAGGGUGAGGAUGACAUCUUCAGUGACACUAACAGACAAACUGCACGGAGCCUCUCCCGCCACCAGAAAAGGGAGAAACCUUACAAUGACACGUACCCUUUAAGUCCGCCAGAGAAGACAAAACACGGCAUGCGCUACCGUAUCGGUGUGAUCGCAGACCUGGACACAGCGUCACGUAGCUCUAAGGAUCAGACGUGGUUCAGCUACAUGAAGAGAGGUUACCUGACGGUUUCAUAUAGCGCUGACAGGCUAGAGGUGGAGUGGGAAGCUGAGACAGUCACUCUGGAGAGUCAUCUGGCUGAGAAAGGACGAGGUAUGGAGCUGUCAGAGCUGGUGGUGUUUAAUGGUCACCUGUACAGUGUGGAUGACCGGACAGGUGUGGUGUACCGGAUCGAGGGCAACCAGGCUGUCCCGUGGGUUAUAUUGCCUGACGGUGAUGGCUCGGUCUCCAAAGGAUUCAAGGCAGAGUGGCUGACUGUGAAGGAUGAGCACCUGUAUGUUGGUGGUCUGGGCAAGGAGUGGACCACCACCUCCGGGGAAGUCGUCAACAACAACCCAGAGUGGGUUAAAGUUGUUGGCUACCACGGUGACGUGGAGCAUGAGAACUGGGUGCCAUACUACAACGCCCUGCGGAGCGCCACAGGGAUCCAACCACCAGGCUACCUUAUCCAUGAAUCAGCAGCAUGGAGCGAGCGCCUCCAGCGCUGGUUCUUCCUCCCUCGCCGUGCCAGUCACGAGCACUACGAAGAGACUGCGGACGAGCGGCGUGCCACAAACCUCCUCCUGUCCUGCCCCGCAGAUUUCAGCUAUGUAACAGUACGGCACGUUGGACCACUCAACCCAACUCACGGCUUCUCCUCCUUUAAAUUUGUUCCGGACACAGACGAUCAGAUCAUUUUGGCCCUGAAAUCCGAGGAGGAUGCGGGCAGGAUCGCCACCUACAUGAUUGCGUUUACGCUAGACGGUCGGGUGCUGAUGCCCGAGACAAAGAUAGGGGAUGUGAAGUAUGAAGGGCUGGAGUUUAUAUGAUGAGGACAGGGCUGAAUCUGCAGGGGUCGAAUAUAGUUUAGUUUAUUAAGAAGUGGUCUUCAAACAUGCAACACUGUUGUUUUGAGUCCUACAUUCCCCUCUCACUUCUACUGUGCAAUAAUGUCAUUUGACUCAUAGUUAUAUAUUUCAUAAUUAUUUAGUAUGAUAAUUUAAAGGAGGUAGAGAUGGUAAAAAGGGUAGGAGAAUGCCACACCACCACUAGGGGAGUGUCACCAACAAUAUCACCAACAAUUGACUAAUUCUCUGUUCGUGUGUGAUUGGUUUGAGCUGCCAGUCUGUGACUCUUACACCCACCAGUCACACAGAAAUUGUCACUAGUCAGUCACCACACGAUAAGUUUCUUUAAUGUAUUUUUAAGUCUUAACUACUUCAUAUCGGUGCUGCUGAGUUAAAAAUCAUGGUUUGGUUAGAAACUUCUGAUAUUUCAGAUUAGUCUGGGUAAAACACUUAAAUUUGUAGUCAUCAGUCUAUCAAACUCCAGGUAAUGUGGAUCUCCUCUCCUGCAGCCAAACUCUGCUGGUCAGACACUCAGGGGAACAAGGUGAAACAGGAUACAAUAAAAUAAAACAGAGAAAUGAAUGUGCUUAAUUUACUUGAAAUAUUAAACUUACUCAUUGCUUUGUGUUUUAUCUUACCUGUUUAGACACACUGAAGAUUUAUGAUGUAAUGAGUCCAGUCACUUCAUGCAUAUCAACUUCUGAUACACCUCAAAAAGUUGCCUCACAUAUGUUAAUAAACUUUAAAAAACAUUUCCUUCUCAAGCCAGAGAACAAGUGAAACACCAGCUAUUUUAUUUAAGAUUAACCAUUCAUAUAUUCCUUUUGUAUCCUCUCAAAACACAAAAAAUUAAAAUAUCUACUCUUGUUUGAA